AUGGCACCUAAAAGAUCGGUGGUAUGGGAGCAUUUUAAAAAAAUUAACGAAAAAUGCGUGAAGUGUCAAGUAUGCAAGAAAGAUUUCAAUUACCAUAAAAAUACUACAAAUUUAAAAGAACAUUUGAAGAGAAGACACCCUGCACACCUUAAUCCUAUUAUAGAAACUGAAGAACAAUUAGAUUCAGAUGUAUUAUCGGCCGGUCCUUCAACUAGUUCUAAUUUACAAUCAGAACAUUCAGGUUCUAAUACGAGUUCACAGCAGCCCUGUACUUCACCUAUACCUAAACGUUCUCGCCAGUUAAAAUUAUUUGGUUCGACUAGAGGUAAUGAAUUAUCUGAAGUAGAAAAAAGUUCGAUAGACAAAAGUCUAAUCAAAAUGAUUUCUGUUGAUUAUCAACCACUUUCAUUAGUUGAUAAUAUUGGAUUUUUGGAGUAUUCAAAAAAAUUACAGCCUUUGUAUAAGCCACCUAGUAGAAAAACGUUAACUAUGAAAUUAUUACCGGAUGAAUAUAAUAAGAUAGCUACCAUUCUUAAAUCUAUGUUAAGAAGUAUCAACAAUGUUUCAAUUACGACUGAUAUGUGGACAUCGGAUAGCAAUAGGGCUUAUUUAACAGUUACGUGUCACUUUAUAUUUAAUGAUCGUUUAUAUUCGCCUGUUUUAGCAACAAGAGAAAUUAUUAAAAUACAUACUGGUGCAAACAUUGCUACUUCAAUUUCAGAUAUUUUAAUUGAGUGGGGUAUUUUAGACAAAAUAGUAACAAUAGUUUCAGAUAACGGGGCGAAUAUAAAAAAUGCGAUAAAUGAACACCUUCGUAAAUAUCACCAUCCAUGUGUUGCGCAUACAUUAAAUUUAAUUGUUAAUGAUGCAAUUACUUCAAAUGAAGAGUUACUUAACGUGCUAAAAAAAUGCCAAGCGUUGGUUGGGCAUUUUAAACAUAGUGUUUCCGCGUCUACAAAAUUAAAAGAAAUACAAAACCAAAUGAAUGUUCCCGAAUUAAAAGUCAAACAAGAUGUUAGUACUAGAUGGAAUUCUAGUUUGAUAAUGUUGGAAAGACUUAUUCAAAUUAAAGCACCGUUAUCUGCCGCAAUAACAUUUCUUCCUCGUGCUCCAAAUUUCUUAACCGCGUUAGAAUGGGAAUUAAUAUCUGACUGUCUUCCGUUAUUAAAACCUUUUGAAAUAAUGACAGUUGAGUUAUCCGGAGAACAUUAUCCAACACUAUCCAUGGUUAUUCCUUUGAUACGAGGACUACAGUAUACAUUGAAAAACAAAACUACUACAACAGCAGCCGGUACUUUACUUAAAAAAACAGCAAUCGAUGUUGUAGCUAGGCGUUUAGGGAUAUUAGAAUCCAAUAAAAUAGUAGCAAAAGCUACAUUUUUAGAUCCAAGAUUUAAAAAGACAGGAUUUGGGUUAGUGGACAAUGCAAAUAAUACGGAGAAAUGGAUAACAGAUGAAAUUAAUUCUAUAAUGAGAAAUACUCAAGAGAACCAAACAUCUAAUAUGCCUAUCAACACAGAACCUAAUUUAUUAUGGGAACAUUUUGAUA